AUGUCAAAUAAUAACCGAAAUCAUUUAUCAAGAACAUACUCUAAUACUUCAACAAUUGCCACUAUUACUGUAAAGGCAGGGAAAACACUCGGAAGGAAAACUAGGGAUAUCAUUAAUAAAACAUCUAAGAAGUGUUUUAUUUUGAAGAAAUAUUUAUUCAAGAAUUUUAUAAUGAUCCAUUACUUUUAUAUCAUCACAAAUACACUUAUUGGUUCUAUUCUAAUAUAUCCUGUGGGAAAUAUACGAUAUAUUGAUGCUUUAUUCAUGGCAGGCUCGUCUGCAACUCAAGGGGGCUUAAAUACAGUAGAUUUGAAUAUGUUAACUACUUACCAGCAAAUAAUAAUAUAUUUAAUUUGCUUUUUCUGCUCAUCAAUAUUUAUUCAUUCAAUAUUGGCUUCAGUUAGAUUAUAUUGGUUCGAAAGACAUUUUGAUGGAAUUGAAGAUUACUCCAAACAAAAUUUUAAGAUGAGAAGAACAAGAAGCCUACUAGAGAAAGAAUUAUCAAAAACUCAGCAAUAUCAAAAAGCUACGAAUAAAAAUCAGAAUACUUUUCAUGAAAAUCUCUUUAGUGGAACAUUUAUUAAUAGAGAUUCUCCAUUGAUGUUAUCUGCUACAACUUCACUUGAAUAUCAAGAAAGUCAGAGCACUUCGAACAGUAUUUCUUAUUCAGAUUCAAAUACAGAAAACAGUUACCUUGACAACAUACUCUUUUACAAAGGUAAAAAUAGCCAAAGAAAUGAUAUUAAAGAUAUUAAAACAUAUAAAAAUAUCAAAACGUUAAGAAUUCUUCAAAAACUGAAUAUGUACAAUAAAAGAAAGUUUUCAAGUUUAAAAAAAAUGAAGCUUCAACAUUUCUCACCAAAUAAGAUAAAAAGUUAUAAUAAAAAAUGUUUCCGAAAUUUAAGUUUUCAAAAGAAUAAUUUUUAUCUUGUAAAAAAUUAUUUGACCUAUAUUUAUUAUCGAAGAAGUAUAAGAAGAGAUCUUGAUUUGGUUUUGAAUAAUGAACAGGGAUCUGUAAGUAGUCAAUCCGAUACAACUUUGUCAACCUUUCAAAGGGAACUGGCGGAAGAUGAAACUAUAAUAUUACCUUCACCUAACGAAAUUAACCCAAUUAAUGCAGAUAUAUCCACCCUUAAAAAAAAUCCAACUACCAUUAGGUUUGAAAUUACUAAACCUCAAAUGAAAGGAGCCUUAAAACAAGAAAAAAAAGCAAGCAAUUCAUAUAAAAAUGAUGAGAAUAUAACUGCCCUUCAAAGGUUUAAAUCGUCAUUUACAAAUGAAAAAUACCUGGGCACUAAAAUCAAUGUCUGGAAAGAUGGACAUACAGAACGUAGUUUUCUUACUUUAUUAGAAAAAACUAAUAAAAGAAGCAAACAACGAAGGAAUAAUGAACAAAGUUAUGAUGAACCUCUCAGUGGAAAUCAUAGUCUGUCAUUCAACACUGAUUCAGAGGCAUCAUUUUCAGCGUCUUUAGAUAAUAUAUCAACUGUAAUGACAUAUGAUUUACCACCACUAUCAGCAAGAACAAUGAGUACAGGCUACCUAUCAUAUGAGCCAAAACUGGAUAGAAACUCAAUUUUUAUUGGUUUGACUAAAAGCCAAAGAGAGGAGUUGGGAGGUGUCGAAUACAGAGCUUUAAAAUUACUAUGUAAGAUUGUAUUUUGUUAUUAUUUUGGUAUUAAUCUUUUGGCAUUUGUAUUUUUAAUCCCAUGGGCAUAUUCAGCGAUGACCUACAAAAAUAUUAUUUUAGAAUUUGGUAGCAGUCCAGGGUGGUGGGCAGCUUUCACUGGAAUGAGUAGUUCAAAUAAUGUAGGACUAACAUUAACACCUAAUUCAAUGGCUUCCUUUAACACUGCACCAUAUCCGCUAAUAGUAAUUAUGUGUUUUGUUAUUCUAGGAAAUACUGGAUUUCCUAUUUUUUUAAGGUUUAUUAUUUGGGGUGCAUUAAAGAUUACACCUGAAUCUUCAAAUAGAAAGGAAAGUUUAGGAUAUCUUUUAGAUCAUCCUCGUAGAUGCUUCACAUUACUGUUUCCUAAAGCAGUGACCUGGUGGUUAUUAUUUACAUUAUUUACAUUGACAGUUUUUGAUUGGCUAUUAUUUAUUAUCUUGGAUUUGAAUAUUUCCACCUUAGAUCCGCUAUCAAAAGGCUAUAGAGUAUUGGCAGGCCUUUUCCAAGGGAUUGCAACGAGAACCCCAGGAUUUGCGUUGGUUGAUGUAAGCGUAUUACAUCCAACACUUCAAGUGACCUAUUUAUUGAUGAUGUAUAUAUCUGUGUUUCCACUAGCAAUUUCAAUAAGGAGAACAAAUGUUUAUGAAGAACAAUCAUUGGGGAUUUAUGAAAAUGAAUCAACCUCUGUUAUUGAUAGAAGUUCUUCUUUCACAUCAACCGAGUUAGAAACCCAACAAUCGUUAACUUCAUGCUCUUCUGGAGAGUGCUCAAAUACUAAAAAAUUAUCAACUAAGUCAUUCAUUGGAUCACAUAUUAGAAAGCAACUAUCUUUCGACCUCUGGUUUCUAUUUGUAGCCUUAUUUAUUGUAAGCAUUUGUGAAGGUUCUAAAAUUAGAGAUAUUGAAAGACCAUCUUUCAAUUUAUUUUCAGUAUUAUUUGAAUUGGUUAGCGCAUAUUGUACAGUUGGCAUGUCAUUAGGGUAUCCAGGCACCACACCUUCAUUCACAGGUCAAUUUUCUAAACUUUCUAAACUAGUAAUUAUUAUACUUCUUAUUAGAGGAAGACAUAGAGGUUUGCCAAACUCAAUUGAUAGAGCUAUUAUUUUACCAAGCGAAAAGCUAGAACGUUUAGAUAUUAUUGUAGAAGAGCAAUCACAAAGACAAAAACAAUUGCCCAAUUUAAAUGAUCCUGCUUCUGAAUAUGUAAAUACCAAAUAUAAAGAAGUAUUAAAAGUUCUGGAAAAUUUAAAAUUCUGGUAA